AAAAAAUCUCCCCUGCCAACCAGGCUCCAGGGCCACAAGAACGCGAGGCGCCAGAGACUGCUGGAGAGAAGCAGCAGGGAAUAGUUCCGUGGCCGGCCGCUCCGCCUAAUCGCUUCGUCUUCCAACCACCCGUCGAUGGAGGCCACCACGCGGCCGCCGCCGGACCAGUCGCCGGAGGCGGGGCGGCCCGCCCCGUCCGCCGCCGCGGUGGCCAAGCGAGGAGGAGGAGGAAAUGGAGGCGGCGCCGGGGGACUGCUGAUGGGGAAGUACGAGCUGGGGCGCCUCCUGGGCCACGGCACCUUCGCGAAGGUGUACAACGCGCGUCAAGCGGAGACGGGGGAGAGCGUGGCCAUCAAGGUGCUCGACAAGGAGAAGGCCGUGAAGAGCGGCCUCGUCCCGCACAUCAAGCGCGAGAUCGCCGUGCUCCGCCGCGUGCGCCACCCGAACAUCGUGCACCUGUUCGAGGUGAUGGCCACCAAGACGAAGAUCUACUUCGUCAUGGAGCUCGUCCGCGGCGGCGAGCUCUUCUCCCGCGUCUCCAAGGGGCGGCUCAGGGAGGACGUCGCCCGCCGCUACUUCCAGCAGCUCGUCUCCGCCGUCGGCUUCUGCCACGCCCGUGGCGUCUUCCACCGGGACCUCAAGCCCGAGAACCUCCUCGUUGACGAGCACGGGGACCUAAAGGUAUCGGACUUUGGCCUCUCCGCCGUCGCCGACCAGUUCCGCCCCGACGGCCUGCUCCACACCUUAUGUGGCACGCCGGCCUAUGUCGCCCCCGAGGUGCUCGCCCGCCGCGGAUACGACGGCGCCAAGGCGGACGUGUGGUCGUGCGGCGUCAUCCUCUUUGUGCUUAUGGCCGGGUAUCUCCCUUUCCAUGACAAGAACAUCAUGGCCAUGUACAAGAAGAUUUACAAGGGGGAGUUCCGGUGCGCGAGGUGGUUCUCCAGGGACCUUACCAGCUUGCUGAUGCGCAUUCUUGACACCAAUCCCAACACUAGGAUCACCUUGGCGGAGGUCAUGGAGUCCCGGUGGUUUAAGAAAGAUUUCAAGCCAGUCAAGUUCUAUAUUGAGGAUGACCAGAUGCACAGCGUGAUAGAUGAUGUGGAAGGCGCGCUGGACAUGGGGCCUGCUGAUCCUGUUCCUCCACCAUUGCCACCUCCACCGCCACCUCUACCUCCACAAAAGGUUGAGGGUGAUGAUUCGGGGUCAGAAUCGGACUCUUCUAUCUCAUCCUGCCCUGGUACAGUGUUGUCUGAUGAGAGACAGAGGCCCCGUGGGUCACUCCCACGCCCAGCAAGCCUUAAUGCAUUUGAUAUCAUAUCAUUCUCGAGGGGAUUCAACUUAUCAGGGUUAUUUGAGGAAAAGGGGGACGAGCUGAGGUUCGUCUCGGCUGAGCCCAUGUUGGAUAUCAUAGCGAAAUUGGAGGACAUUGCAAAGUUGAAGAGUUUCAAGUUGCGGAGGAAGGACUGGCGAGUGUGCCUAGAGGGUACAAGGGAAGGAGUUAAGGGGCCACUGACAAUUGGCGCGGAGAUAUUCGAACUCACACCGCCCCUUGUAAUGGUGGAGGUAAAAAAGAAGGCUGGGGAUAACGAAGAGUAUGAGGACUUUUGCAACAAGGAAUUGAAGCCAGGGAUGCAGCACCUCAUCCACCACAUGGUCCGGGAUCCAAGUAUACCUACUGAUACCGAGUAGGUCGGAAGGAACCUUCAACUUUAGUUCUCAUUGAUGUCACCACCACUCAUGAUAUGGAGCGAAAAAUUUGAGGGAGUGUUUCCAUUUUUUUUUCCCUAAGGAAAUUUUGCUUACACUUUUUUGAGCAUGCUUUUCAAGGUGGAAAUCUUGGGAUAGUACCUCAUCUCUCCAUAGAUAAACAAUGUAUGUUUAUGUGGUGCAUCCCCCUUCAAAAUUGUAAUGAUUGGAUAAUUUUAUGUAAAGUUUGGUGCAUAUUAUGUUCAGUUUGGUGAAAGCAUAUUUUCCCUGACAAAUAAUAUCAUGAUGUCCAAGGAGUUAGGGACUGCAUGCGUCUAAAAGGAAGUUUAAAUAGGACAGACAUGCUAAUCUGUUAUGUACCAUUCAUGCGAUCAGUUGUUUUCAAUUCUCUUUUUCCCCGUACCCUCUAAUUUGAAAAAUAAAUUAGUAUAAUCUUCGUCCAUUCAAGUUUGCUUGUGUGAUGAUGACAAUAAGGAAUUUUGUUGUUUAUUGUAUGUUGGCAUUGAUUUGCGAGUUUCGUAGGUUGCUGGCUUUUUGUUCGGUUUCCUCUUUUUGGUAAUGUAAUGUUCUGUCUCUUAGUGUAGCGUCACUGAUCUAUCAAAAUCAUCUAAUUACAGUUGUUGAUAGCAUAUACCAUGCUGGAUCCAUGUUGAGCUCUUAAUCUGACAAAACAUCUUAGUCACAUAGGGAAAAACAUGGAGCACAUUAACAUGUAGCCAAAUCUUACACAUGUACCCACAGUCCCACAAUCAGGAGUUUCUGCUUCACCGACCAGCUUGGUUGAAUGGAAAUCUAUUGUAUGAUUCCAUGGCUUGUACUCCUGCCGGCCACAAAAAAUGUAGCCAAUAAGGCUUGAAUUUUAGUGUUGUGCAGGGCAAUAUAAUGUGUUGAGACAUGCAAACUGUCUGAUAGGUCAUAGAUCAUUUGGUUUGGUUCUUAUAAACAGGCAUGAAAAUGAUGUUUAUACGUUUACUGAAAAUCGUGAUAGGAGUAGGAGUUGGAGAGUGUACUGC